AUGUUCUCCAGGCUUAAGUGGACGUUUGGGUCCACAAGGGUUCAAGAACAAAAAUUUUCCUUUAAAAAAUUUUUUUCAAGACCAAAGGGAAUUAAAGGAAAUCCAGGAAGGAGGGGAGAUGAUGGAAUACCUGGAAUAAAAGGAAAGCCGGGAAAAGAAGGUCCUGUGGGUCCGAAAGGCGAUAUGGGACAAAAAGGGAAAGUUGGCAGAAUUUUAGGAAAAUGUGGACCUCCCGGUCCUGUAGGUGAUCCAGGAAAUAGAGGACGUAAUGGGGUUGAUGGUAAAGUUGGAAUUGAUGGAAGACCGGGAAAUCAAGGAAUUCCUGGAGGAUGUGGACAUUGUCCUAAACCUAUUAUAGUGACAAAUAAGUUUAAUGAUAAUUAA